CUCGCGGAUAUACAAAAGGUGAUUUUCGUCAGGGAAUAUUCCAAGGGAACUGAGGAAAGGAGCUGGUUCACUAUCUUGUCAAAGCUGUCCAGAGAAAAGUGAAAACAUGGGAUUCACUUUGGGUUUAAAGUCACUGUUGAUCCUUGUUGUUGCUGUUUUUAAUAUAAAACAAGCCCUUGCAAAACCGCACAACCCACAAGAAUUGGGUGACGGAACAGACCACAGAUUCCCGACCGCAAACAUUACGACCAACCAACACGUGGAAAAAGCCGCUCCCAGACAAAAUGGAGACGGUAUGGAGGGGUUUUUGCGAAAUUUCUGCUCUGAUGAAAAAGGCCUGCGAGACCGAACAAUGCAGUCCUUUUGUGAGGCUGGAAAGUAUUGGUGCCAAGGGUAUGUUGAAACUGUUUGCAAGAACCUCAGCCUUGCUUGUAUCCGUGGCUUGGAUCAGUAUCACCCUCCUCUGUGUGUUCCACGAUAUGAGUGGGUAACAAUUGUUUUGGGCGCUGAAGGACAAAGACGCGUGAGAAGAACCAAGGCCUGCAGCUGUGCAUAAGAUUACAGAGUGAAUCUAAGGAUGGUCAACUAAGUGUGACGCUUAUUAAUUAAUGUGAUUCCUGAGUAUGUGUGAUUUAAGUAAAUUAGUUUAAU